AUGAGGGUCUCACACGCACUAGUCUCGGCCCUCCUGGGUUCGAAUCUUGCCGUCGCCAACCCGAUCCAUCCGCGCAUCUAUACGAAGCCUCCGCCAGCAAAGCUCCCAAGAGCCGAAACAAGUGAGAGCAACAACGUCAACCCGAGCGAGCUUAUUCCUGGCGCCUACAUUGUCGAGUUCGCAGACGAUAAUGAUUCACCCGAAACCUUCUUCAACUCUCUCAAGGCGGAUGGCCUCGACGUCGAAUCUCGCAUGGACCUGAGCAACCGUUUGUUCAAAGGCGUUUCUUUUCAGGUCAAGAAUGUUGGCGAGACCCACCAUGAUAGCGCACUCCUCCGUCGCAAGAUCGAAUCUUCACCGCGCAUCAGAAGUCUCUGGCCUGUCCGUACGAUCCAGCUUGCAAAGCCCGAGGACCACGGCGCGCCAGCCAGCGGUGCGAUCACCAAGGCCAACGCGAGGCGUCAGGAAGCGGCAUUCGGAAACUCAACCAAGGACACCUUCUCGCCUCACGUCAUGACUCAGGUCGACAAGCUGCGUGAACAGGGUAUCACCGGCAAGGGAGUUCGCAUCGCCAUCAUCGACAGUGGCGUGGACUACACCCACCCUGCCCUUGGCGGAUGCUUCGGCCCCGGGUGUCUGGUGGAGGCCGGCUGGGAUUUCACGGGAGACGACUUCCUGCCCAACGUGAGACCGCUUCAGCCCGAUGCGGAUCCAAUGGACAACUGCGCCGGACACGGUACCCAUGUUGCUGGUAUCAUUGCUGCUCAGCUCGAAGGCAACGAGUAUGGCUUCACGGGUGCCGCUCCUGGCGUCAAGCUGGCAGCAUACCGAGCGUGGGGAUGCGCCUCCACAUCGACGAACGAAGUGUUGCUUGCCGCGUUCAGCCGUGCCUUUGAGGAGGGGGCUGAUAUCAUCUCUUGUUCUGACGGAGAUCCUUCUGGCUGGGCGGAGGAUGCUUGGGGUGUCCUUGCUGCCCGCAUCGUCGACGCCGGUGUUCCAGUCGUCAUCUCCGAAGGUAACGAUGGCGGCAGCGGCCUGUUCUACGCUUCAACCCCGGCUACUGGCCGCGGUGUCGCGGGAAGUGGUGCCGUGACGAACUCCAAGUUCCCUACUAUACUCAACGAAGGCACUUUCUCCGUGGACUCUAACUCAUCAUCGGGUGCCAAAUCUGACUUUGCCUACUUGCCUGGUGUUCCAGAGCUCGUGGGAGACCUCUCGCUUCAACUCUGGAGCCCCGGCGAGAACAACGCCUGCAGUGAACUGCCUGAUGACACUCCCGACCUCAGCAACAAGAUCGUCCUGCUUCUGUUCCCCGAUUCUCGCGCUACGGGAUGCUACCCCAUUGACCAGGGUAACAAGAUCGUCGCCAAAGGUGGACGCUAUAUUCUUUUCUACACUAAUGACAACACGACUAUGCGGGACGAACAAUAUGUCUACUCUCAGGGGAUCCAAGGUGUAGCUUCCAUCCCACCUUAUCAGUCUGGCCAGUGGCUCUCUCUGUUGGAGCAGGGUCGCAGCGUCACUAUCUCUAUCCCUAGCGCAAACAAUACCAGGACUCGUCUUGAGGAACUCGAGAACAACUCCAGCGGAUCUUACAUGGGGUCUUUCUCAAGCUGGGGCCCAACUUGGGAGUUGGAAGCCAGCCCGCAAUUCGCCGCUCCUGGAGCCAACAUCCUGUCUACCUUUCCCGUUGCCCUUGGUGGCUACCGUGUUAUGACGGGCACUAGCAUGUCUUGCCCUCUGAACGCCGCUAUCUACGCUCUUCUCGCUGAAGCCCACGGAACGAAGGACCCCAAGCGUCUCAGAUCCAUCGUGUCGUCUACUUCAAAGCCUCUGGCCUGGUAUGAUGGAACUGCAGCGCAUACCGAUCUCAUUGCCCCUGUCCCGCAACAAGGUGCUGGAAUCAUUCAGGCGUUUGACGCAGCUCGUAGCAACGUUGAGCUCAGCGUCGACAGCAUCUCCUUCAACGACACCGACCACUUCACGGGCAACGAGACCUUUACCAUUGACAACCAUGGAUCUGCCGACGUUGUAUUUGAAGUCAGCCAUCGCAAGGCCGUCACCAUGUACACCUUCGUGGAGACCACGGAUCGCUUGAGGGCUGCCUCAUUCCCUAACCCCACCAUCGAGGAGUGGGCUGAGCUUCAGUUCAGUUCUGGGAAGAUCACAGUGCCCGCUGGAGGAUCCGCAGAACUCACCGUCACCUGCAUUCCCCCAUCUAACGUAAAUGCUACGCGUCUACCAGUCUACAGCGGCUACAUCGCCCUCACCAGUACCACCGAUGCCCCUUCCCUGAGUCUGCCCUACCUCGGAGUCGUCGGUAGUAUGCAUGGUGUUCCCGUCAUCACACCGGCGCAAGCAUAUCUCGCCAACUAUUAUAGCCAAGCUCCGGCCAACACGACCUACACUGUCAAGCGCCCUGACCCAGCCAACCCACCUCUGACCGACCGCGGAGACCAAUCUGCGAUCCCCAACGUCAUUAUCUCGCCAACAGUUGGCACCGCCUCUAUCCAGGUCGAAGUCUUGCGCGUCAGCGGAGGCAAGGAGGAAAACCUAGGAAGCUUGGCUGGCUGGCCUCUCCCAUACGCCCCUCGCACCGAAACACGCGCUUUCUUCAAUGGGCUGCUGGCUGAUAAUACUGUUCUUGAGCCUGGUGUUUACGCCAUGAAGGUUAGGGCGCUGCGGAUCUUUGGGGAUAGGACGAAUGAGGGAGACUGGGAUGUCGUCAAGACAGUGCCAUUCGUGUUGAAGUAUGAGACAUCUGGAAACGGAACUACGACCUCGACGUAA